AUUGGAAACAGAAGUACGUUCGCGUCGGAAGGAACCAGAAACAACAAAAGGAGAAGCACUGCAAAUGCACUGAUUAUUUAAAGAACGACCGCGAUUAGACAAGCUUUGAGAACUGAUGUUUAUAGACAGUCAUUUGGCCAUAAAUCAGGAAUAGUGAUUAAAGCAAAAGCGAAAAGCUGUGCCAAAUUCUUUUGCAUUCGCUGCCCACCGCUUUCGUCGCGAGUUUCACUGUGUGAGUGAGAGAAGCGUGUGCAAAUAACUUUUGCCGCGUUGUCUGCUGCGAAUUGCCAAACCAAAGAGGAGGAGGAAAGCAGAGAAGAGAGGAUCGGAUGACGAAGCAGAAGCAAUAUUACCAACCGCUCCCAACGGCGACCGCCAUGGACAACCCGGCGAUGAGCCAGAGCGGGAGCAGCGGGAGCAGCUCCUCCGAAGAGGGCGGCAGUCGGGAGGAUGUGGCCAAUAGCUCCCCCAACGGAAUACCUCCGACCUACUCGUCACAACGUUUGAUGCCCUCGAAUUCGGACAGCAUGGAGGCUCCAAUCUCCUUGAGAAGCACAGCGGCGUUCACCGUCACCGUAAUCACCUUUGUGAACUUGAUUAACUACAUGGACCGCUUCACGAUCGCCGGAGUUCUAACAGAUGUCAGUACGGAUUUCGAAAUCGGAAACGACGAUGCCGGACUUCUGCAGACCGUCUUCGUCAUCUCGUACAUGAUAUUUGCCCCUGUCUUUGGAUAUCUGGGUGAUCGCUACUCCCGCCCCUUGAUCAUGGCGGUGGGCGUGGCCCUGUGGAGUACAACCACGCUGCUGGGAUCGUUUAUGAAGAACUUUGGAUGGUUUAUCACCUUCCGGGCGCUGGUGGGGAUCGGCGAGGCCUCGUACAGCACCAUUGCGCCGACGAUCAUCUCGGAUCUCUUCGUUAACGAAAUGCGCUCCAAGAUGCUGGCAGUGUUCUACUUUGCCAUACCCGUGGGAUCUGGCCUGGGAUACAUUGUGGGAUCCAAGACCGCUCACCUGGCCAACAACUGGCGCUGGGCUCUGAGGGUCACACCCAUUCUGGGCGCCGUGGCCGUCCCGCUGAUCAUGCUCAUCAGAGAUCCGGAGCGGGGUCACAGCGAGGGAUCGCACAACCUGGAGGCCACCACCUACAAGCAGGACAUCAAGGCCCUGGUCAAGAACCGUUCCUUCAUGCUCUCUACGGCGGGAUUCACGUGCGUGGCCUUCGUGGCCGGAGCUCUGGCCUGGUGGGGACCUUCCUUUAUCUAUCAAGGCAUGAGGAUGCAGCCCGGCAACGAGAACAUCGACCAGGACGACAUCUCGUACAAGUUUGGUCUGGUGGCCAUGCUGGCGGGUCUCAUCGGAGUUCCGCUGGGCUCUCUGAUCGCCCAGAGAUUGAGGGGACGUUACGAGAACUGUGACCCGUACAUCUGUGGGGUGGGACUCUUCAUCUCGGCUCCGAUGGUAUUUGCAGCGUUGGUGGUCCCGCAGACGAGCGAGAGCCUGUGCUUUUUCUUCGUGUUUCUGGCCCAGGUGGCACUCAACCUGUGCUGGUCGAUAGUAGCUGACAUCCUUCUGUAUGUGGUUGUUCCCACACGACGCUCCACAGCCGAAGCCUUCCAGAUCCUCAUCUCACAUGCAUUUGGCGAUGCCGGAAGUCCCUUUUUAGUGGGCACGAUAUCCGAGGCCAUUAUGAAGUACCUGCACAAGAACCCCAGCGAUUCCGGCCUGGUCACCGAAAUGCAGAGCAUGUCCCAAGUGGCGGAGAACACGAUCAGCAAUGUCACGCAGGCAAUCACAGAAGCCACCACCAGUUUGAUCGAAUCAGCACGCUCAACAAAUUUGGCCUCCACGGAUUAUUCGGAUAAGGUGCGUUUUGAGGGGCUGCAGUAUGCACUCUUCUCCACCAGCUUUGUGGAGGUGCUGGGAGGCAUCUUCUUCAUUUUCACCGCCUGCUUUAUCAUCAAGGACAAGUACAACGCCACACGAGGACUACAAGGCGACCAGGGUCCGCAAACAGUGCGAUUGUCAGCUGCCCCAGACGGCGAGCAGAAGGAUGUUGAGUCCUUUAACUCGGACUGCCUGGUCAUGUGCACUGACAUCGCCAUGCGCGAACGCACGUGAUAGCACGAAUAUGAAAUCUGAAGGUGUGCCUAGCACCGAAUUAUUGCUUUUUGGCCUCAGUUCCCGAUGCCACAGAUCAACAACAGCAGCGGGAGCAACGCGCUCAAAUUGCCUAAUACCAGCCGAUUCUUGAGGUUAUGCUGCGCACUCAGAGCUCUGAUGGCAUGCCGAGCGAACUGAUACUGACUGAAAACCAUCUAUAAUUUGAUAAACGAUCACUCGCACCAUGCACAUCCCACAUCGGAUCGCACUGGAAGCCUACGGGGAGCCUGCGCUCAGUAGUUCUGCUGACAAGUUCCCUGUGUUCAUGUUCCUAUUGGGAAGAGUGGAAUCGGAAGGAAGGAAGGAAGGGAGGAACAAAGAAAGGGAGGAAGGAAGGAAGAAAGGAAGGAAGGGAGGAAGGACCACCACGCCAACGUUCAAGCACCCUACACUGAUUUGUAGUUUUAUUUACAAACACUCACUCUCACAGGCACUCACCAAGUCAUUACAUUACACAGAUCAUUUUACUUGUAAGGGUAAAAGCGCUUCUCUAAAGACGUAGUUAUGGUAUUUUAGGUUAAAUCAAAAUCUAGCAGUUUCGCAUUCGAAGAAGUGCUCCCUCAGAUUGGAUAAUGUAAAUAGAUUAUCUCAGGCAUCGAAUGCGAAAUGCCUAUAGUUUGGAUAUUUAUAUAGUGUAUGUAUUUAUAUAUGAAAUGUAAAUAUAGAUAAGCACCGGCCAUUGUAUAAGUGCAUAGUCUAUUUAAUUAGUUUAAUACUGCCUAAGUUUUACUCUAAAUAUAAAUAUAAUUCUAGUUUUAGAUAGUUGAGUAACAAAUUGGAAAAAAUGUGUGCACCCUCAAAAAUUACUGAAUAUUACAGCAUAACUAUUUUUAACCAAACUGGCAUUAAUCAAUCCUCGAGUUUGUGUUUUUGUUAAAUCCUAAUCGAAUGCUUGCAUAAUCGGAACGCGAAUGCAAAGCGACAUAAAGACUGUAAACAAUCAAAAAUGUGUAGAUCGAUAUUUGACUAAAUGUAAACCAAACUAAUGACGUUUAGCAACUAAGGAUUACUGGGGCAAUAAAUAUAAACUACUGAAAGAUAUAAAAGCAA